AUGGCGGCGUACGGCGUUAUCAGCAGUCUGGGACUCGACACGUCCCAACAGUCCCCAGGUGCCGAUUCUGUAGCAGAUGUCAUGGAAUGCGAUUUGGACACUCGCACAAACCUUCACGACCAGUUGAAGAAUAUCCAGAAUAUGAUUCGAGUGACGAAGGAGAACGUUGACUUCUUGAUUGCCAAGUUUGCUGGCCUUGAAGAUCCACCUUCGUUGUAUCUCCAUGAAUACCGUGAACUGACUGGGAAGCUCCACGAUUUUGAAUCGAAGGAGCAAGAACUGAUGGAAAAGCUGAGUCUCUGUUCUUUGAGUGAUGGAGAGAGAGACUCUCAGCCUUCUCUUAACCUUACAAAUCAAGCUUUGAAUGAGGUCAUGCAAGAAGAUGGCUCUCCUCGACUUCCAAGAUCGCCAUUGAAGUCGUUCAUCAGGGCCCACCUCCCAGAUAAGCAGCGAACCUCGGUGCAGGUCAAGCCAGGCCAAACCCUUCGUGAUGCCCUUCAAAAAGCCAUGGAACGUAGGCAGCUCACACCUGAGCAAUGUGAUGUCUGGAGGUGUUCCAAACCUAAGCGUUGUGCUGCCCAUGUGCCUCCCCUCUGUACUGAGGUUCGAAUCUCUCCCCCGAAUGCAGAUCUGACCCGACAUCAAACGGAAUACUUCAAGCGUUUACUUGCUGGGGCGGGUCCUGACAGUGCAGCUGGUGUUUUGCAUACAUCCUACAGACCAGGAGGAUUAGUUGGCCCCUGGGGAACUGGCUAUCAUGGACCAAUUUUUGUUGCUUCCCCACAGCCCAUGCCACGAACCCAGCCACCACCGAUGGGUGUCAGAGAGAGGUCUACCUCUGCUCCAAAUGUCAGUUACAAUUCUGUGAAUCCCAAUGAGGCCUCCUUCGAAGAACUGUCUCGUGCAAUGGCCCGAUCUCAUCCACACAGUCCUGGUGAAUCCUGA